UUCUCCUUCGCUCUCUUUCCUUUUCCGUUCCCGACUUGUCUUCCCCUCCAAUAUACAAACCGUUCUACCCCUUCCGGAAUUCUCCGGUCUCCGCAAACCCUAAUUCCCAAUCCUUUCGAGUUCCUCGGGGCCUUCUCCGUCGUCGCUAACGCUGCCGGUGGCACGCGAACCGCUUGCCUCCCCUCCGUCCGGUCCGAUGGCUAACGGCCGCGGGUCCUCCGAACUCGAGAACUCCGCGUUCCGCUGCGGCGUCCGGACGGGCCUCAAGCGGGAGUUCGUCUUCGCCCUCAAGGCCCAGUCUCAGUUUCCUCUCUCUCUCGGUCGGACCCGCUCCGGAAAAUCGUCCGCCGCCACCGUUAGCGCACCACUUGUCAAUGAGAGCAAGCGGCGGAAGAAAUCUGGGACAGAUAUGACGCCGGAGACCGCUGAACCGCAGCUUGUCAAUGUUCCGCUGAUGAUUCUUGCUCCUUCCCCUUCUGAUCUCGUAGAGGCGGAUGCCCUCGCCGUUGUGGAUGGUAAGGAUGAAGUCAUGGUGGAUGUUGUUCCCUUAGAAAACGGGUCUUCGGUGGAAACCCUCAUGGUGAUGGAUGGACGAAAUCAAUUCGUGGUGGAUGGCCCUCCUCCUACGGUGAAACCCCUAAAGGUGUUCGUGACAACUUUAUCAGAUGGAAUCGCUGAAGGCACGGUGAAUUCUCAUUCUCAGCCGGUUGAGCCUGCAGAGUUGACGGGCAAGGCUAAUGAGACGGCAAACUCUCCUGCGCAUGUGGAUAAAUUCGCAGAGUCCGAAAUUGGUGGCCAAAUCGUGGUCGAUGACAAUGGCAUGAGCAAAUUGAACGUUGAUCUGAAUGAGACUGGUUGUGUCGAAAACCCAGUUGUAAUUGAUGGUAAUGGUGGAUUGGAGGCGGAUAGUUCAGAAACAGAGAACCAGGCAAAUAAGAAGAUUGUGUCAGCGACUGAGUAUGCUUCAGAGGAACCGGAAAUCAUGAUGCCUUUUUCUAUAAUGAAAACGGGUGAGGGGGAUUCUCCAGUAGAAAUGUCAGCAGUAAUUCAUUGUCUAGAUGGAAGAAAUAUGGAGAGUGACUCAUCAAACAGGACGUGCAAUAGGAGGUUUACAAGAUCCACACUGACCGUGCCUGCUAAAGAGCAAAAAGAGCCGCCUGUGAAUCCUCCUGUUACUAUGAAUGGUCAUUACAGUAACAAGGAUAACAAUAGUCACUUUGGGAUGCCCCUGAGGAGGCUUACAAGGUCAGCUGUUAAAGCAAAAUUGGAGUCUAGUUCAGGGGACAUCACCAGCACAAGCAGUUAUUCAUCAGGAUCAGAAGACACUAAUCAUGGGGUAGAUACUGUUGAUUCUUCUUCAGUUUUGAUCCCAAAGAGCAAAUUGGAAUUGAAGAUGUCAAAGAAAAUCACAUUAACAAAGCUUCCGAAUAAUGUGAGGGAAUUACUUUCAACUGGAUUGCUUGAGGGGUUGCCUGUUAAUUACAUUGCCUCCAAUAGCAACCAUAUUGGGCUUCAAGGUGUGAUCAACGGCAAUGGCAUUUUAUGCUCAUGUGCUUCUUGCAAUGGUUCCAUUGUUGUUUCAGCAUAUGUGUUUGAACAACAUGCUGGUAGCACAAAGAAGCAUCCAGCGGAUUUUAUUUACUUGCCAAAUGGGAAAAGCCUCCAUGAUGUAGUUAAAGCAUGCUCCAUUGCCCCUUUAGACAUGUUGGAAGCUACAAUUCAGAGUGCAAUUGAUCCAGUACCUGCAAACAAAACUGUUACUUGUCAAAAAUGCAAAGGGUCAUUGCUUACUCCAUGGUCUGGGAAGUUUGGGUUGUGUGAUUUGUGUUUUCCAUCACAGCAAUCUCCAAAAACUCCAAACCUGAUGCAUGGAAAUUUUAACUCUACAAGCUUCAGGGUAUUGAAGACAGGUUCUGUAGCAGAUCCAACAAGUAGCUCAUCCAAGAACCUAUCAUCCAAUAAGAAAAAUAGCCUGGGAAGAUUAACUAGAAAAGAUUUGGGCUUGCACAAGUUGGUCUUUAUGAAUGACAUUUUGCCUGAGGGUACCGAAGUAGGCUACUAUGUUUGCGGAAAGAGGCUACUUGAGGGUUAUAUAAAAGAUUCUGGAAUAUACUGUCAAUGCUGCAAUUCUGUGGUUAGUCCUUCACAAUUUGAAGCUCAUGCUGGUCAAGCAUCAAGGCGCAAACCUUACAACUACAUUUAUACUUCCAAUGGAGUAUCUCUUCACGAAUUAUCGGUUUCACUAUCAAAAUGCCGAAAAAUGUCUUCCAGUGAAAGCGAUGAUCUUUGCAGCAUCUGUGCAGAUGGUGGAGACCUACUUCUUUGUGAUCUCUGCCCCAGGGCAUUCCACAAAGAAUGUUUGGGUUUGUCAAGCAUCCCGAGUGGAGAUUGGUGCUGUCAAUAUUGUCAAAAUCUCCAUCAAAGAGAAAAGUGCCUGUCAAGUAAUGAUAACGCAAUUGCAGCAGGGAGAGUUGCUGGAGUGGAUCCCAUCGAGCAGAUAUUUAAAAGGUGUAUCCGUAUUGUCACGACAUCAGAGACUGAUGAUAGUGCAUGUACAUUGUGCAGGUGCCAUGAUUUUAGUAAAUCAAGAUUUGAUGACCGCACUGUCAUGAUUUGUGAUCAAUGUGAGAGAGAAUACCAUGUUGGAUGCUUGAGGGAUCAUAAAAUGGCUGAUUUAAAGGAACUACCUGCAGGGGAGUGGUUCUGUUGCACUGACUGCAGCAGGAUUCGAAGAGCAUUGCAGGUGUUUCUUCAUCAUGGAGCAGAGUUGCUUCCUUUUACAGAUGCUAACAUUAUAAAGAAGAAACGUGAUAGUAGAGGCUUAAAUAAAGAGGUUGAUGCUGACAUAAGGUGGAGACUUCUAAGUGGAAGAACUCUUGAAGCAGACAGUAAACUUUUGCUUUCAAGAGCAGUCACUAUUUUCCAUGAGUCAUUUGACCCUAUUGUUGAGUCUACAACUGGAAGAGACCUCAUUCCUUCAAUGGUAUAUGGGAGAACUGUGAAGGACCAAGAUUUUGGAGGAAUGUAUUGUUCAGUAUUAACUGUUGGUUCAUGUGUUGUGUCUGCGGGAAUUUUACGUGUUUUAGGAAGUGACAUUGCCGAACUUCCGUUAGUUGCAACGAGUAGAGAACAUCAAGGCCAGGGUUAUUUCCAAUCUCUGUUUGCAUGCAUUGAGAGAUUGCUGGGAUCGCUGGGUGUCAAACAUUUAGUGCUGCCUGCGGCUGAUGAAGCUGAAGCUAUCUGGACCAAGAAAUUUGGUUUCACCAAGAUGAGCUCAGACCAGUUGGAGAAGUACCUAAAAGGUGCUCACGCAACGGUCUUCCAUGGGACAUCGAUGCUCCACAAGCCAGUUUCAUGUGCGGAGGUUUCCUGACGAGCUUCCAGAAGCAGAGAAUUCAGGUAAUGUCAGUUGGAAGAGCCUCUUUUUUGGUAGUGCUUUUCGGUUGGCAUGUACAUAUACGAGGGUCUGCUAUGUACAUGAUAGAGCUGUCCUCGAAAGCAAUUUUGGGCUCUAGAAAAUUCCUUAUUUUAUCUUUUUUGAAGGAAUUAUAGGAAUUACCCAAAGGGGUAGUUGAAUUUUGAUGUUAAUGACUGCGACACAUUGUUGGAAUAUUAGAUUAGGUAUAUCAUUUUAUUUUUA